AUGGCUAAUCAAGUUCCAAGAGCACCAAGGGUCCUUGUACAGAGGAAUCGUGAUGAUGGAAACGAUCGUUUGUGGAAUGACUAUUUUACUGACCAACCGGUGUUCCCCCCAUCUUUAUUUCGUCGGAGAUUUCGCAUGAAAAAACAUGUGUUUCUCCCUAUGAGGUUGCUAGCGUAUGGUACCGCUGCUGAUAAUGUUGAAGACUACUUACGGAUCAGCUCAUCUCUUGCGCGAUAUUCCUUACAACAUUUUGUUGAAGGGACUGUAUUGAAAGGGUUGUUCUCUGGAAGAGCUAAUAAGCCAACAUUGAUUUUAGAAGCUGUAGCAUCGCAAGACCUUUGGAUCUGGCAUGCUUUCUUAGGAACGCCAGGUAGGUGUAAUGAUAUCAAUGUUCUUGAUAGAUCUCCAUUAUUUACAGAUGUUUUUGAAGGUCGUGAACCACCUAUUAAUUAUGUCGUGAAUGGCCACCAAUACAGUAUGGGAUAUAAUCUCACUGAUGGUAUAUGCCCAAAAUCGGCAGCAUUCAUUCCCACGAUAUCCCUCCCCCAAAACGAAAAGGAAGGCCUUUUUGCCAAGUUACAAGAAAGUCGACGAAAGGAUGUGGAACGUGCAUUUGGGGUACUUCAAGCUCGUUUUGCAAUAAUUCGUCAACCUGCUCUAGCUCGUAAUACAUCAAUGCUUGGAAAAAUUAUGAUAGCUUGUAUUAUUAUACAUAACAUGAUUGUUGAGGAUGAACGAGAUACAUAUUUAAAUUAUAAGGACCCAAGUGAGUAUGACCAAGCCGUGGAACAACCUUCAUCCUCGAACAGAAGAAAUAAUGGAGAACCAUUUCAAUUUCACAAUGGUGCUAAGAGGAUAGCAAAUUUGGAUACUUACAUGUCUAAUAGAGUUCGAGUUCGUGAUGAAGUUAUGCAUAGAGCCCUCAAGUCAGAUCUGGUAGAACAUUUGUGGCUAAAAUAUGGAGGUAAUAAUAGGGAAGAGGGUAAUAAUAGAGAGUAA